AUGAUCAUCCCAGCGCAUUCCCACUCGAGGACGAUUGAUAUCAACCGCCUCUUGAUUUUCCAGCGUUUUUCAACAUCCUCAAAAACUUCAAAACAAAAAGAAGAUGAAAUCAGCCUUGGACCCAAGAAAACAGCGUGCAAGUAUCGAAUCCAGCCGCGCGAAAACGCCGACAAUCUCAAGAUCAGAAUUACUGAUUUGGACUUGCCACGUGAUUCGGAAAAUGGAUGUGCGGACAGUUUGAAAUUCGAAAAUCAAAAUAACACGCGCGAAAUUUGCGGAAUUGGCUCAAUGUUCGAGAUCGGUCAGGAUUCUAGAGUCGAUGCCUUCGACAUUUCUAUGGAUCCCAAAAUGUCUGAGGAGGACAAGUCGCUUUUUCAAUGGACGAGAAUGUCUUCGGAUGACGAAGAUGGACUCACCAUCCUUUUCAAUGCGACAAAAGGAGGAAGCUAUGGCUGGAGGCUUGAAUGGACUACGGAGGAUUUUUCAGAUGAUGAAGAUAAUUUUCCGCUUUUAUAA